AUAUUGCAUUUGAAUGAAUAUGUGCAUUGAAAACUGAACGUUGUAACUCAAUUUCCUCUAUUCCAGAAUGCGCUAUCCAGUGCAUACCACAGCAUUGUUUUACCGCCUGUGAUUUUGAACACCAUUUACAACUUGGAAACUUCUAUCAAUAAUGGCGCUUUCAAAACUCUACUACAGCUGUUGAAGUUACAGAUUAGAAUAAAAUCAGCAAAAAAUCCCGAACCCCUAGACUCCCUCAAUAACGUCCCACCGAGUUUGUUAUGCUUUACUCGUCAUCGAAACUCCACGAACCGACGGGAUGACACUGUUGGAAAGCCUAAAGCCAUCGACGAACUGCUAAAGUGUGUAUCUUUCUACUUUAGACAAUCGAAACAGGAUAGGAAAAAAUUGCUGAUCGACAUCGAGCAUGCAUUCAAAGUACUGCUUUGCGUCCAUUUUCCUCAGAUAGAGCUCUCUUCUGGUGAAAUCCGCCCCGAUGAGUGUGAUCAAAAGGCGCAACAGUUGAUCGAGGAUGGUGUUCGAGCCCUUGAAGAGUGGUGCAUCCGACCAGAUAUAGCGGAAGUAGAUGAGCUCGUCAGGAAACUCAACAACACGGAUGAUUCGCAGACAAUUGCCCAACCGAAGACUCCACUGCAGAAUGCUAAAACUCACCUGUCACUUACCAUUAUGCUGAAGAGCAUCGAUCGAUUUGAGCCCUUUUUGAAGGUUAUUUUGGAGAAGACGGGAGCAUUCAAUGAGCGGAUCCAGAGUGACCUAGAUACACCCUUGCACUACGCCGUUCGAAGUCAGAACGCAAGCUUCAUCGAGUGGCUGCUUGGGCAGAAAUCUCUGGACCUCAAUUGUCGCAACAAACAGAUGCAGACGGCACUGUUUCUCCUAUGCGAGCAGUACAAGGUCGUUAGACAGAAGGUUCGGGAUCCCAAAGAGAGGGCCGAUCAACUGAAGGAAUGCAGAAAGUACAUCAUACUGCUGUUGCAGAACGGAGCAGAUUUCAACAUUUGUAGCAGCAACAGCAAGGCACUUCUCCCAUACGAGCUGCUCACUCAAAAUGGAAAAGCAAUUACUAUAUCGAACGAUCCCAUGCAGUCAGAAGAGAAGGAGUUCCUUAUUCAGUGUGAGAAUGUAGUACAAACAAAGGGAGGUGGCCAAAUUUUGAAAAGACGCGAUGAUAAGUUUACGACUGAGGAUUUUAGAAGCAUGACAGUCGAGCUGUUGGAGAUCUUUUUACGAUUCAAAGACCUGAAUACGUUUGAAAAGGAAUGUCGAAAAUUUGAAGUUAAAGGUGACGACGAAAGCAAGGUGAUAACACUUCUGCUGCACACUGCAGUUGAAUUGAAUCUUCAGAAGUGUGUGGAUCUUAUUGUGGGUCGUUAUGAAAAAGUGAUCUUUGCUGCAGUCAAUGAUACAUUCCAUUUGAAAUACCGUGUUGAGCUGAAAGGAUUGCUGAAAAAAGCAUGUGAGACUGCUAAUUGUACAAUGCUAAAAAAUCUGUUGGGCAAAAUGGAGAAAGAUAAAAUGCUCAUCAAUGAAGAAAGCAUACUGGUGUACACAUUGAACCUUUGCGCAAAAUUGUCCAAUGAAGGCGAUCGUAAAACAAAUCUUCUCAAGUGUGCUAAGUUGAUGGCCACAGACAAAAGGAUCUUCCACACCAAGAUGGAUAGUUAUGGGAACACUGCUCUUCAUGUUGCACUCAAAUAUGGAUUCAUGGAUAUUGCCAAGGCACUAAUUAUGGAUCACAAGUACAUGUUUUUGGGUGUUCAUAACAAGAGAGGUGAAACUCCUCUGGACUAUGCAUCGUAUGAAUUUUGCAAAGAAUAUUUUGAUCAGUGUGCAUCACAAAUUUCCUCGGGAAAUGUUUUGAUUAGCCUGAAUGGUAUCAAUCCAUAUGUUUUGAAAAAAAAACAAGAUAAAUAUGAGAAAAUUUACAAAGUGCGAACGUACAAAGGGACACAGAGCAAAAAAUUGGGCUCGGAAAUGACGUGCCUCAUGACGAUAGUCAAUUCAAAAAAGCACAAACAACUACUUCAUCAUCCGGUGAUCUACACAUUAAUUCUGAUCAAAUGGCUGCGAUUCAGCUUGUGGCACUGGCUUAAUUUGAUUCUAACAAUGUUAGCUACAGUCGCAUUUACGUAUUUCUCAAUAGAAAACAUUUGCCAUGAGAACACCUCAAAGCCUUCCUGCAUCGCCAGUUGGUGUGGAUUUACCUAUGUCCUGUGUCGAGAACUACUCCAGUGGAUAAUGUUUGGCAAUAAAUAUUUCCGAUUAUUUCAAAAUUGGAUGGAUAUGGCCCACGUCCUCGGAAUGCUUAUCGUUUUGAUAUGCAAGGGUUGCUCAUUGAUCUCUUCAUUGGUGGUAAUCAUCUUUGCAAUUCAGAUUAUUCAGCUCAUCGGUUCGCUGCCGUUCAACAGCAUCUCCACCUACCGCUGCAUGUUCCGGGUAGUCGCGCUAAACUUCAUCAAAAGCAUUGCCCUCUUCUGUCCACUCAUACUGGCCUUUGCUUACAGCUUCUAUCUGUACUACAAUGACAAGUUGGUACCGGUCCAUAGCAAUGCCACUUUGAACCCAUUCGCAUCUGCCACUGCUACUGGAGUAAAAAUUUCGGUCAUGGCUUCCGGGGAGUUCGAGGCGUCUGCGAUGAACAUCAGUGGGAGUAUGUUUAUCAUUUUCCUGCUGUUCAUUUUUUGCAUACCCAUGGUCAUGCAGAAUCUGAUCAAUGGUCUCGCAGUCAGUGACAUUUCUGAAAUUCGGAAAGAGUCCGAGUCGAUCAACCUGUCGGAGAAAGUGCUGCUGCUUGCUCGUUUUGAGUCUGGCCUUAAUAGAACCACCCCUUACAAAGCUAUCAGGUACAUCCUUAAACGCUUGCACAAGCUCUCUCCUGGCAUGUUCUUCAGGAACUAUCACCACGUCAUAACAAUUUCAGUGAAAGAUGACGCGAAAAUACUGAUAGACUCUAGAUACUCGCGGCAAAGCUUUUAUGAAAAGCUAGGUUUUAACUGUGUGAAAUUAGCUUGCCUUGCUCGACCAACCGAAAUUAAGAAAAGUAUGGAAAUGGUUGCUUCCGACAUUCAACCUCAGACCGAUCCAGAAUUGGGACAUCCACUGCUCGUCAAUAAUGGUGUAAACGAUACAAUAGCACCUAAAACACCCGAAGGAAAAAAGAAAAAAAUAUCGGAAAAUACUCUAAAGUCUAUUCCCAGGAUUCCCUGGCUAGGAAUAUUCUCACCCUUGGCUACACUCGAUGAAAGCAUGCUGGAAGAGUUGCUGUCGAUUGUUUAUCAGAAAGAGAUCAGCAAUGCACGGAAGUCGAACAAAUCUUACCCUUAAACUGUGACGCGCACCAAGGAUCAAUCGAAGCCAGUGAUGCACAUUGUAACGUUUAACGUUUGAACACCACUGAUGUCUGUUGAGAUGGUUUUUCGUAAUUGCAAAUGUUCAUUUAAUAAAAAUAUAACGAACUUUUCAGCAUUCAAAUUUUACUUUUCCGAAAUUACCCAAAAUAUCUGUCGAAACUAAGACCAAACUUCGUUUUUUUUUUUUCCGAGAGUACGUAAAACAACUGCCAGAAUGAAAUCGACCACUCUGCUCUGCUGCCACCACCAUUUCAGAGUUGGUUGGAAAUGC